UUUAGAUUUUUUGUUUGGACCGGUUGUUAGUACCUUAUUAGAAGAGACAAGUCAGCAAACGCGUACGAUCUUGUCACAUUAAUCCGCUCUAACUUUUGAUUAGGUAGCUCCAAAAAUAAAUGUGGAACUCGGAAACACUAGUGUGGAUGUCAGUGGUACUGGGACUAUGUACAUAUGUGUUUUAAUCAAAUUAAACGCAUUGUGAAUGAAAAGUCUUUGGCUUCAUCCGGAGUCAAGACACAUUUUCGAUUUGCACGGAAGGACAAGAAGUCGCGUUCGCAGAAUUGGAAAGUCAAGUUUGCCUUUUCUUACAAAGGACUGACAUAUUGAAAUGGGGUGAAAAGGGUUCAACUUUGCAUCCCAUUAAACGUUGACAUCUCUUCAAACAGAUGGAGCCAACCUUGGAGUUGACAUCUUGUGGACAGAUGAUCGCCAUUAGGAGGAAGUUACACUCAACCAUUGAAUGUCAAAUCUACCCCGUUCAUUUUUCCACGGCCAAACCUCACACAUUGCUAAAUGUUCCAUAACAUGAGACGAGUGAGUUUCCCUGAAGAUCUUACUCGGCACAAGUACAACGCAUGCAAGCAUCAUUUCCUCUGAAUUAUAAGUCGCAAUUUCAAGCCUCGUGUCCCAAGAAAUACGAGAACAAAGUUUGUACGGAGAUCCAGAUUUUGGAACAUGGCUACAUCCGAUCGCUUUGCUCUUUAGCCGAUCAAACGGAGGGGGGGCCAAGAACACGCCACAAUUGGAACAAUCAUUGCAUUGUCAACACGAAACACCAAUGGAACAUGAUCAAGUUGCCUUCGUUUGUUUCGCAACGCGAACCCGUGCAAAUUAAUUUGUUUGGGGCGAAUUCUAGACAGCCUAACUCGCGUUUGUGGAAAGCACGGACUCGGGUCUGGAAGAUCGAUUAGUUCGUCGCAAUGUUCCCAUACUUUAUGAGCACACUUCAUUUGCAGACAAAAGGAAAUUCAAACAUUCCAGAAACUCCAACUUUUUCACUCUUCUACGACGAAACGGCCAAAGAGGCGAAAAUAGCGGAAAGAAAAAAAAGAAUGAACCGAUCUUGAGCAAACGACUCACGUUUCCAGAAAGGCCUGCCUGGAUGCCCACUCUACGUCUGGCCGGAUGUGAUCCCAAGUCCUCGGCCGAGCCACACACAUAUCAGAACCAUCAGAACCGCGAUGGGUCCUCAUCCUCUUUGGAUGGUUCGUGGCAUCCGAGUCGCUUCCGCAGCCGGACUCAUCCAUAUCCCGAGAUCAAGAAUGACACAGCCAACGAGAAUCCAGAGGACGAUGAGUCCAAAGAGUCCGAAACUUUCAAACUUUGGGCCGAGGGUCCCAAUUUUGAUACUAACAUGCCCCAAGAUGUGCUGGCCUUGGAGAGCAAAACCGCUUAUCUUUCGUGUCGGGUGUUUGACAGGGGUAACAAAACGAUCUCUUGGAUUCGUCAUCAAGACCUGCACAUCCUUACCGUCGGUCGCUAUACUUACACGGCGGAUCUUCGCUAUCAAUCCAUCUAUAAUCCGGAGCACGAUGAAUGGAUUUUACAAAUCAAAUAUGUCCAGAAGCGAGACUCUGGACGCUAUGAGUGUCAGAUAAGCACUCAACCCGUCAGAAGCUUUUUCGUUCAACUCAGGGUUGUGGAUUCCUUGCCAAACCGACAUUUCCAACAGAAUGAUGGAGGACAUUUGCCCGCCCUGGAUGCUUCAAGGACAUCUUAUGGGUAUACCAACACUGAAGGUGUGCCUAAGGCGAGAAUAUUGGGCGAUUCGGAUGUGUUCAUGGAUGUGGGUAGCAUUCUGAAUUUAACGUGUGUUGUGGAGAAAACCCAUGAGAAACCGGCAUUUAUGCUUUGGUACCAUGGCGAUAAAACCAUUGAUUACACAUCCCCAAGGGGCGGUAUCUCUGUGUUGACAUCGUCUUCCUCUCAAGCCACAUCUACCUUGAUCAUCACUUCCGUGGGCAAAAGUGACAACGGGAAAUACUCAUGUCAACCCGCCAAUGCUGAUUUGGCCAGUGUCACGGUUCACAUCCUUGAUGGUGAACACCAUGCAGCGAUCCAUACCAACUCUGCUCUUUCCUCACUAAGACCGGCUUUUUCUGUUUGCCAAGUCUCCAUUCCAAACUUGGUGACUUUUCCACCAUUUGUCUUGUUGAUAGUGUUCCAACUUGGGAUGCUCAGGGUGACGAUAGGUUGGAUUGCGCUCACAACCUCCUCUAUCAAUACUGUCACUCCGACAAGAACAUCGUAAUCAGAAUAACCGAUUAAGAGGACAUUGCUCCUUGGGGAAUAACUCCUUGGAACCUGGCAGGACAGUAACAAGAGGCCAACCCCGUCUUAAGGAGGAAAUCUCUGACUGAAUUGGAUCUUUUGGCAACAACUGGCGCAGCAAUUACUCAGACCCAGUAGAAACGAAGGGCUCACUAACCAGUGGCUCAUUAAUGUUCGUUAAGGACUUCAUUUACCGAUGAUUGGAAGGAAAACUAUCCAUCAGAACGCCCGCCAACCAUGUGAUAACACUCAUUCCUCGCUUGACCGUUCCAACAAGCGAAGAACGAAGAAGGCCGAUCUUCCUCGUGGACUUUUUUGUCUUCCCUUUUGGACAGAGAUUAAUUUGGUGGGAAAAAGGGGUCGUUUAUGUCUCACCUGGCCUGGACAAGAAGCCAUUCCCAUUGUUGCUCUUGUCAUCGUUGAAGGAACAACAACAGUAGUACAAUGUGGAACACGAGAGAAUGACCUUCUUCAGAUUAGAACUGGACUCUUCUUUGCUUGGCCUGGUAUCUACGGUACAGUAGUAUAUGCGCAACUCGUACACCAACUCAAUGUAGACACGUGGAGACCUACCAAAGUAUACUGUACACUGUUCACUGUCCAAGUAGGCGAGUGUGUGUUUCUUUUGCCGGCAGGGAACACGGAACAAAAAGUCGAAUGAGCCAAAAAGUGAAAAGAGACAUGAAAAGACACUCUCUGAUGCGAGGAAGAAGAGAUGAAGAAGACCUUCCAGGACGCCGUUAAGUGAUCGACUUUUUUCCUUACGCAGCCAAAGAAGUUGGCCAAAUUGUCCGUACUCUCGUCGAUAGACUUGGCGUGUGUGAAUGUCACUUCAUGUGCCCCGAAACUCGAUAUGGAUGGGAGUAUUUCGUUUGAAUGUAAACGGAUACCACUUGAUGGUGAACUCUGAUCUGUCUGCAUUAAAAAAACAAAGAUACGAAUACGUACGAAUCUCAAAAGUGGCACCAGAGCCGCCAAGACCGCUUGACACGUUUGUUAUUGUGUUACAUUGUUUCAACCGUGAUGAACUGACAAUAUUUGUUGUCUAACUAUGCUUCUAGCGUGUUUCAACUUAUCUACAUAUGCAUCUAUAACUUCAUAAAACCAAUAAACUAUUGGCCGUUCCA